AUGCGGGCUAGCUGAAUUACCUGGCUUCCAAUGAACACAGAAGUAGAGUACCGAGCAUUCGAGUGCUCAUCCAACCAAACCCUAACUCAUCCAUUAAAUUGGAGCAAAAAAUUCGGUUCAAAAAAUAUAAAGUUGAAUGCAAUAUUUUGUAUUUAAAUUUAAUUUAUGGAGAAUUAAAUUAAAAAAUUUAUCAUUUUAGUGCUUAAAAUGAUAAAUCGUAUUCUAAUUUCACUCCUUCCAUUAAAUUAUAUCAAAACUAUUCACAUAAAAAUCAGUAUUUUUACCUAUAACAUUUUGCUGUAAUUUAAUGGGGUUAAUGCAUCCAAAAAUAGAAUUUUACUAGUACUUUGUUCGAAUUUUAGGGGAGUAAGCACCAGCUGAAAAUCUGCCAAAGGGUAUAGUAGACAAAUCAAUGUAGGAAGGUUCACUGAUCGUUAUUCUAUGAUCCACACUGCUGUAAUGACUCAUCUUCAAUCAGAUUGCAAGUAUGAGUAUCAUGUAGGCUCUGGGCUAUUUUGGAGCGAAACAUUUAAGUUCAAUGGUAGAACUCCCGAAGAUGGCAACACUACUUUGGCUAGUUUUAUUGUGUAUGGAGACUUAGGGACUGGCCCAUAUGCUGAGUAUACAAGAGUCGCACUUAAAGAUGAGCUCAAAAACAACGAAUAUUUGGCUAUGAUACAUUUGGGAGAUUUUGCUUAUGAUAUGGAAGAUAGAGAAGGAAGAGUUGGAGAUUUGUUUAUGAACAACAUAGAGCCUUAUGCUGCAAAUUAUCCUUAUAUGACAACCACAGGCAACCAUGAAAAGUUUAAAAAUCUGACUCACUAUAAAGAUCGGUUUAUAAUGCCUUGGAAUGAAGCCAGUAAAAACUCCAGCUAUUUCUACUCCUUAAAUAUCGGUCCUCUCCAUAUGAUUUUUCUUAACACUUAUGCUUAUUUUAAAGAAAAAUUUAUUAAUGAGGUUUUGACGCAGACAAACUGGCUUAUAGAAGACCUUAAGGAAGCAAAUAAAAACAGAAGCUUAAGACCUUGGAUUGUCAUCUUAGGCCACCACCCGCUUUAUUGUUCCGUGGACUGGCGAAUUCCAACCUACCCUGACUCCCACCCUUUAAAUUGUAACAAAUAAUCCUUUCCAAUUUAUAUUUAAAUUUUUAUCUUAAAUCUUAAAAAAUAUGAAUUGAGUCACUGUUUUAAUUUUAAUUUAUUUUAUAAGAAAGUAAUUAAAAAAUUAAUCGAUUCAGUGUGAAAACUAUUUAAAUAACGUUCUACUUGCAUUUUAUCUAUUAAAUUAGGCCAAAACUCAUUUUUAAAAAUCAGUAUCUUCAUCUUUAAUAUUAUUUUAAAAAUAUACUUUUUAAAUAUUUUUAAACUAAAAAAAUUGACUUCAAUAUUUUGAAUAGUGAUUUAUUUUUUAUGAGUAUCUUAAUCUUUAAUAUACAAUUAAAUGGCGGGGUUGUCAACCCUUUUCUCCCAGACCUGUUUCAAGUUUGGUGACCUUGCUGCGGACUGAAGCCAAACCAAGCAGAAAAUGGAGCCUACGGAUACUUGAAAUUUGUGAAUCAGUUGGAUUUUGCCUUUCUCGUCUGGCAAUGAAGAAUUGUGGCUUCCUCGUGAUAUUUGGGAAAUAAAGCUUUUUACCCUUGAGUUCACUAGUACUUACUACAAAGGCAUAGUUGAUACCGAUACUAGCUAUGGAGUUUAUCAUAACUGGAAUUUAUUCAAUCAAGUAGGAGUCAUCAAGUCCCAAACCUGCAUACUCCAAAGCUCCGAGACAGCAUUAAGAACUAGGCUGAAGUCUAGAGGAGAGCUAGCGAACCUCCUGGGUAUGUCAGAAUUUUCACCAAAGAUAGCAGCUGAAAGAGCCUUCUACGAAGACUCGUCUCCAGUGAGACGUAAAAAGAGGAAAAGCCCUAAUCUAUAAUUAAUGCUAAUGUAAUCUUUAUUUUUUUAAAAUUUUUUUAAAAAAAUAAAAAUUAAAUGGAAUACUUUGAAUUUUAAUUUUAUUUUAUUAAGAAUCAAAUAAAAAAAAUUAAUCUAGUUAUAUAAUGGAAAAUGUAUAAAUAAUGCUCUACUUGUAUGAUUCCUAUUAAAUUAGGUCAAAACUAAUUUUAUAAAAAUUAUUUUUUUAUCAAUAAAAUUUUCUUAUUGAAAAAUAAAUUUUGUUUCAAUUUAAAUGGAGGUUAAAGUAACCAAAAAUGGCAGUUUUUUACCAAAGAUUUUUUCUAAUUUAAAGGGAGGGAGUGAGGAAUGUUGAUUGCCAAAUUGAUGCUCCUAUGCUUCAAUCCCAUCUCGAAGACCUUGCUUAUACAAACGGUGUGGACCUCUUCCUUACAGCGCAUGUUCAUAACUAUGAAAGAGACGCAGCAAUCUACAAAAAUGAAACAAUCCCAAGUGAAUUAGAUACCCAGAACAUGCAUUAUAAUCCAAAUGCCCCCAUAUAUAUAGUCACUGGAAAUGCAGGUAAUAGAAGAGCAAGAAACGACCCAACAAGCAAAACUCCUCAAUUCUGGGCGAGAUAUCUAAGCGAUGACUAUGGCUAUGGCAGAUUCAAAGCUUAUAAUGAAACGCAUAUAUACUAUGAGCAGUACAGCGCUCAGAACAAGAAGACAGUUGACAGCGUCUGGAUCAUAAAGAAUAGGCUUAGUUAUGCCCCUCUUGACUAA